UCAGCGCCACCAAUUUCCGGCUCGACAUUCAUGGAAGUGGAAGCUAAGUUAGCAAGUUACAGAGCUAAAAAAGCACAGCCGCAGAGAUAUUCUUAUUACAAAGAGUUGUUUUCUAGCAUUACAUUGAGAAAACCCGAACAACCGACGAACGAUACUCACAAAGAGGCAUCGUCAGCACAGGGACUGAAUCAAGAAACCUCUGAGGGUGGAUCGACGCCUACCUGUGCUGACAUCGAAACACCUAGAUCAGACAGCUCGUGGUUCAGCGCCAUAACCAUCCUAAAGUUUCUGCUGUGGAUCAUUCUCCUGGGAUUGUUCAUCGAACUCGAAUUUGCCGGCGUGUAUUUAGUCGCGUCGCUAUUUGCUUUCGUCUACCUGAACACGCGGACCGGUGUGAGGGAAGGACCCAGCGCCUACUCUGUGUUUAACAGAGACUUUGAACGCAUUGACGGCACCUUCACCGCCGAAGAGUUCGAUCAACGAAUCAGGCGGGGCGGAUUCAUCUGAAAUCUAUCCUACCACGAAAGAACUGUCCAAUCUGAAUUUACGUAUAUACGACUAAACUUAGAACUUUGGUGACCGUCGGCACUAUGG